GAACGACAAGUAUGAGGAGCAAAAGAAGGAGUACUGGGUGCAGGUCUCCGAGGAUGGUACCUUUACCCUUGAGAACGAGGAUGUUUACGAGAAGGAGUUUCAUGGGGAGGAUGCAAAGGAAGAGCGAAGGAAGGCUAGGAGUGGUGCUGUGAAUGAGGCGUUGCCGCCGCCGGAGAGCGCCUCCGAUUCGGAUUCAGAGUCGGGCUCCUCAGAGUCUGCCUCUCGGGACAAGAAGAAGGGUAAAAAACGCAAGAGUCGCAGCAGCUCCUAUGCCCGCAGCGCCAAGAAGUCUAAGAAGAGCAAAAAGGACAAGAAGACGCCAAAGACAAACAAACGCAAGAAGGACAAGAGCACCCCAAAGAAAGGCAAGAACGACAAGAACACCCCCAAGAAAGCCAAGAAAGACAAGAGCACCCCCACAAAAUCCAAGAAAGACAAGAGCACCCCCAAAAAAUCCAAGAAAGACAAGAAAGACAAGGGGAGCCCUCAAGCAGAGGUUGACUUGGAGGAUAUCAGGAAUGUCCCGACGGUUUUGGAUCAGUUGCUGAAGACGGUGGGCAAGUUGCAGAAGCUUUCUCCCAAGGUGGAAAAGGUUAAGACCGAGGAUGCCAAGAAGAGUGUGGCUGAUCUGGCCAGUACCAUUCAAAAACUCAUGGAGCUUCAUGAUGCUAUCGCGGAGAUCAAGAGCCACUACAACGGCCACAAGACCAUGAAAGUUGCGGAGCUCAAGCAGAAGCACCAGGAGGUUGAGAUGGCAAAGGGGCUUAGUGCCCCCAUUCAAUGGUCGUUUGUGGACCUGCCGGGCAUUCCUAAUCAUCCUUGGUUCAAAGUUUCCAGCUUCAUGCGAGCAUUUGUAGAACAGGACAAGCUUGGUUUGCUCCUUGGGGGAUCUGUGGACUUCAAUGUUGUGGAGGAAUACUGGGAGCGGUAUUACCAUGUGGAUCCUUCUCACAAGGUAUUCUCCUUGCCCAAAGAAGCACGAAAGUUUACCAUACCGAUGGCUCUGUAUUCAGACGAGGGACAAACGCUGAAAAAGCAAGCCAUUAACAUUUUGGCUAUUCAGCCAGUUAUUGGGAAUGGGACGCGUCUGUAUCAGCAGCAUCGAAAAGACGACUCUGCUAUGGGUGCCAAUUUCGCCGGCUCUACAUACCGCACGCGUUUUCUUCUUUCUUGUUUGAUGAAAGCCAAAUAUCGGAAAUCGCCCGAGACGUUGGAUGAGCUUGUGCGUGCGGUUGUGAUGGAUUGCAAUUUCCUGUUUGAAGAAGGCGUGGGAAUCCAGCUUCAUGGGCAGCAGCAGUCGCUGCGUGUGGCCGUUGUGGCCUUCAAGGCCGACUGGCCGAUGCUUGCGCGCAUUGGCUACCUCGAACGGCACUUUGGCAGGGUUGCGUUUGGCAGGAAGAAGCUUGGGAUCUGCCACUUGUGCAAUGCUGGGCAAGAGGGUGUGGCCUACCACGAAUGA